GAGUGGGUGCAGCUAUAAAAGCAGCUCUCUCCCUCAGCGUGGACACAGUAACAGGUGUCCCAGGUGAAGCCUCGCCCACUCAGCGCUCAGAGCUCCACGGCAGCAGCAGCAGUCAUGGCUCCAAGACCAGAGGUGGGGACUGAAUCCUCCCCUGAACUCGAUGACAACACUCAGACUAAAGACAUGGCCAUCCUGCCGGCCUACUCUACUGUGGACCUGGUGAAUGAGGAGAAGGAGGUGGACAAUCCCUGGGACCUCCCAGAGCUCAAAGACAUGGGGCCCAAGUGGUCAGAGCUGGACACAAAGGGGAAGAUUAAGAGAGUGUUGACUGGGAUUCUGAAGAUCAUCCUGCUGCUCGGCUUCCUCUACCUCUUCAUCUGCUCUCUGGAUGUGCUCAGCUCUGCUUUCCAGCUGGUUGGAGGAAAAGCUGCCGGUGACAUCUUCCAGGACAACGCUGUGUUGUCCAACCCUGUGGCCGGCCUGGUCAUCGGGGUGUUAGUCACCGUGCUGGUGCAGAGCUCCAGUACCUCCUCCUCUAUUGUGGUCAGCAUGGUGUCCUCUGGAUUGCUUAAUGUGAAAUCAGCGGUGCCAAUCAUCAUGGGCGCCAACAUUGGAACAUCCGUCACCAACACCAUCGUGGCCAUGAUGCAGGCAGGAGACAGGAAUGAAUUCCGCAGGGCGUUUGCUGGUGCCACCGUCCACGACUUCUUUAACUGGCUGUCUGUGCUCGUUCUUCUGCCCCUGGAAGUGGCCACAAAUGUUCUCUACACCAUCACUGACGAGCUGAUCGCAUCCUUCAACAUCCAGACUGGAGAGGAUGCUCCUGACCUGCUCAACGUCAUCACAGACCCGCUCACAGACUCCAUCGUUGAGCUGGACAAAUCUGUGAUCACUGGCAUUGCAACAGGAGACGCAGAAGCCAGAAACAAGAGUCUGAUCAAAAGGUGGUGCAAAACAUUCAAAAACACGACUUUCUACAACACAACGGUGGACAUCUGCCCGGCCGGAGCGGUCUGCUGGGAGGAAGACGGCCUGAUCUGGACCGAGAUGAACUCCACUCUGACUAUAAACCUGAAGAAAUGCAGUCAUAUCUUUGUGAACGUGGACCUGCCUGACCUCGCCAUAGGUCUCAUCCUCCUGGCUCUGUCCCUGCUCGUCCUCUGCAGCUGCCUCAUCCUCAUCGUCAAACUGCUCAACUCCAUGCUGAAGGGGCAGGUGGCCGUGGUCAUCAAGAAGGUGCUCAACACAGACUUCCCGUUCCCUUUCGCCUGGGUUACCGGAUACAUCGCCAUCGUGGUGGGAGCAGGGAUGACGUUCAUCGUCCAGAGCAGCUCCGUCUUCACAUCGGCUAUAACUCCUCUUGUUGGUAUCGGUGUGAUCAGCCUGGAGAGAGCCUACCCUCUGACUCUGGGCUCAAACAUUGGAACUACAACCACGGCUAUACUCGCUGCCAUGGCUAGUCCUGGAGAAACGCUCGCUAGCUCCCUGCAGAUUGCACUCUGUCAUUUCUUCUUCAACAUCUUUGGGAUCGUCCUGUGGUAUCCCAUCCCCUUCAUGCGGAUCCCCAUCAGGCUGGCCAGAGGUCUGGGGAACCACACGGCGAAGUACCGCUGGUUUGCCGCCCUCUACCUCUUCCUGUGCUUCCUGGUCUUGCCUCUGUCUGUGUUCGGUCUGUCCCUGGCUGGCUGGCAGGUCCUGGUGGGCGUCGGCGUGCCUAUCAUUGCGCUGAUUAUCUUUGCAAUCAUCAUCAAUGUUAUGCAAUCUCGCUGCCCACACUCCCUGCCCAAAGUCCUCCGCAGCUGGGACUUCUUGCCCCGUCCUCUGCACUCCAUGGAGCCCUGGGACGCCAUGGUGACGUCCACUUUCGGCUUCUGUGGGAGACACUGCUGCUGCUGCUGCAGAUGCUCCAAAUGCUGCAGACAACAGGAGGAGGAGGAGGAGAAGAUGUCAGGCAUCAGCAAGAAGAGCCUGGAGAUGUACGACAACCCAACCCUGGCAAGAGACGACGAUCCAAAGAUUAUCAAAGCGUCGCAGCUUUAAGAUUUUUCUGUUUAAUAUCAACCUAUCUUGGUGCAAUAAUUCAAAGAAACACUUGUAAUUGUUCUGCUCAGGUAUGUCGAUGAUUUGUCAUUAAGCACUCUCUGUUAAACACUCCUUCACCGUCCUGCUGGAGAACAUGAACACAAGUGUUGGACAUGUUAACAUAAACCUGCCAUUUCUGUAAUGUAAAGUCUGUCAUGUUUAUUUACAAUGUUUUAUUGCUCACACUCACUAUCUGAUAACUAUGGGUGGUUCCCAACUUAUUUUUAUAUUUGUUAUGAAGUGUAAAAGACAUUUGGUCUUAUUUUCUUUGAACUUUAAACUUUGAAAUCUCAAAACGGUAAUGUAGCAUUUCAAAUAUUUGUUAUC